AUAUUUGAUAAAACUAUGGAGAAGUACGAAGUUUUACGACAAGUGGGUGAAGGAUCUUUUGGACAAGUGUACAAAGCAAAGAAACGAUCUGAUGGUGAAAUCGUAGCUUUCAAAGUCAUACGAAAGCGUGGUAGGUCAUUGAAAGAACUGAAGAGUUUGCGUCAGGAAUGCGAAAUACAACGUCAUCUUCAUCAUCCAAAUAUAAUACAAAUGCUUGAUUCGUUUGAAACAGAAAACGAGAUAGUUGUUGUGACAGAGUAUGCAGACAAGGAAUUGUAUGAAAUAUUAGGUAAAGCAGGUCGAUUGUCUGAACAAAGAGCUCAAGUAAUAGCUUGUGAUCUAGUGUCUGCACUUUACUACUUGCACUCCAACAGAGUAUUGCACAGGGAUCUUAAACCACAAAAUGUACUUCUCGAAAGCAAUGGAGUGGCAAAAUUAUGUGACUUUGGAUUUGCUCGCAGUAUGAGUACAGGGACACAUGUAUUAACUUCAAUAAAAGGAACGCCAUUAUACAUGGCUCCAGAACUUAUAGAAGAACGUCCCUAUGAUCAUAAUGCAGAUUUGUGGUCUUUGGGUUGUAUCGUGUAUGAACUAGUUGUAGGGUCUCCACCUUUUCAAACAACAUCUAUUUUACAUUUAGUCAGAUUGAUAAGAUUUGAAGCAAUAAAGUGGCCAGAUUACAUUUCUCAAAAUUGCAAAAGAUUUCUGCAGGGAUUGUUACAAAAGGAUCCCUCGCAAAGGCUAACAUGGCCAGCUCUUUUAGAACACCCUUUUGUUAAAAAUAGAAUAGUAAUAGUUGGUGAAAUUGGGCCUACACCAUUCACUACGCCUUUAUCAGUGAGUCAAGCUAGAGAAAAGCAGCUACAGUUACAAAAUUUGGCAGUACAACCUACAAAUCAUCAGUCCAAAUUUCUGGAGAAAGCGAUUAAAAAGUUACAAGAGCAUGAAAGAACAAUCGAGGAACGCCGGCAGAAAACAUUCACAUCACAUUCUCGUUAUCCAAUCCCACAUGGAUAUUAUCAACAUGAAAUAAAUCAAUGUUACACUUUACGACAUAGCGAACCAAGUGGUACGGAUUCUAGCACCAGUGUCGAUGUUCUAUUAGGAAAUCUUAGCUUAAGGGCCUCGUUGAAAAGUGACUUACUCUCAGCAGAGCAUGCAUUAUGUCGAAGUGAUUGUCCAAAUACUAGAAACUCUGCAAGUAGACAAACUAUUCUAACAUUCGAGCAAAUGUCAAACUUUAAAUUACCGAUACGUGUAAGCGAACAACAUCUGGAAGAGGAAAAAUUAGGAAAGAAUAUCGAACUGAAAAAUAUCGAUGGAAGUAAAUUGAGUGUUGUACAACUUGCAGUCCCUCGAGAAAUCGAAACGAUUCACCCUGAGAGAGAUGAAAAAGAUGAGAAUGACGAAUACGUAUAUGAUCAGAAGUUACAUUACAGAAUAGAUGAUUCGCAAAAUGUCGGUUUAUCGUGUAGCAAUAGAAUACCUGAUUGGAAUCCAAAGGCUGUUGACAGACCGAUCGAAAACGAAGAAUGGAUAGCGUUUUUACAACGAUCUAUGGAAGAAAUCAUGGAUGGCGAAGUAGGAUUGUUACACCAACAAAACUGUGUGUCGGUUUUUGUGUCGCCGCUAAGGAACCCAGCGGCCGGUUGUCGAGUUGUUGAAUACGUUGCUUGCCUUCUAUCUUUACCAUUCGUUGUACCGGUAACAAAAGAUUCUCUCGAAAAGAUUACGCAAGUAUACUUAGACGUUAGAGUCGUACCGAAUCUUGUUUACUCUUUGAAACUUUUAAUGUCUGAACGUUCCGAGCCUGAAACAGAGAAAAAAUCUGAACCGACAAAUGCAAAUACCAGAUCAGCAUCUACGUUAUCUGCGGACGAGCUACAAACUUUAGAAUAUACAAUGCUUGUGCUUUGCAGAUUAGUUUACAAUCGGGAACAAUUUCUUACUCAAUUUUGCGAUGCUGUUUAUAUCGUAAACGGAGUUACGUUGUUACAACAAUUAUUGAGUUUAGAAAAAAGAAAGGUGCGCGUAGUUAUAGAUCUUGUCGCGAUUUUAAGUAACAUAUUACGUUCUCAACCCGAAAAUGCUCAUCUUGUGGAAAAAGUUGUAUUGCAUUCGCAUUUAUCGGGAAAUUCGAUAGAACAGCUUGGUAAACUGCUCACGCAUCGACAAGCAUCACUCAGAACGAGAACUUGUCAUUUGAUUAGGCUAUUGGGCAGAUUUUCUUGUAGAGCAUUGCAGCAAAUUUGGUGUAAAUCGCUGAGGAAUUUAAUAGAAGGUUUAACCGUGGACAACGAUCAAAUUGUGAGGCUUGCCGCCGAAGAUGCAGUGAACGAAUUAAAGGAAUUAAUGUACUACAAUCAACAAAAUCCUGUUACUUGA